AUGCAUUUGGCCCACUAGAUAUUUUGAUCAACUCUUGCCAUGUCGCGCCCACCUCCCGCUCAGCUUUACGCCGAAAGCAAGCCGUUCGACAGCCAGACUAUCAAGGUCUCCGAUCUGCAUAACGUCUACUUCUGGCAAGCUGGCAACCCGAAUGGCAAGCCUGUCGUCUUCAUCCACGGUGGCCCCGGCGUUGGCACGUCCGCGGGCAACACCAAGUUCUUCGACCCCGCCGUAUACCGCAUUGUCCUUAUCGACCAGCGAGGGUGCGGCAAAUCUACACCGACGGGCGAGUUGCGCGAGAACACGACUUGGGACCUUGUGGAGGACAUAGAAAAGAUCCGCAAACACCUCGGCAUCGACAAGUGGCUCGUGUUCGGCGGGUCUUGGGGCUCGACGCUCUCUCUCGCGUACGCUGAGAUGCAUCCCGACUCGGUCGCGGCACUGAUAGUUCGCGGCAUCUAUCUGUCUCGCCGCUCCGAGCUGGAGUUUACGUACAGGGACGGGGCGAGCCACAUCUUCCCGGAGACAUGGGAGCCCUUUGUUGCCCAUAUCCCAGAGGAGGAACGCGACGACCUCAUGGCAGCCUACUAUCGUCGCCUGACGAGCGAAGACGAGGACGUCGUCAUGGCUGCCGCCCUGCCAUGGCAGCUGUGGGAGGACAGUCAAGCAACGCUUCUCCCUGACAAGGAUAUCGCCAACCGCGCGGCGGAAGACGCGGUCGCGAACCGCGCGUGUGCGCGCCUGGAGGCGCAUUACUUCUUCCACCUCGGGUUCAUGCCUGACGGGCACCUUAUCAAGGAAGAAAACAUCUGCAAGAUCCGAAACAUUCCGGCUGUCGCAAUCCAAGGGCGAUACGAUAUCAUCUGCCCUCCACGCUCCGCAUACGAUCUCAAGAAGGCAUGGGGUGACUCACUCGAGCUCAUCAUUGUUCCGGAUGCAGGGCACGUUGCCAGUGAGCCCGGGAUCGCUGCGGCCCUCAAGGCGGCAGCGGACAGGUUUGGGCGCGAGGUGGAGUGGUAGUCGGCUGUGCUGUAUACCUCUCAUUAAAUGACAUUGCAUGCACUUCUCUGCCGUUGCGG